AUGGCACAACAUGUUCUCCCGGAAAUAUCGGUCCUGUGUAUUAAUGAAGCAGACAUCAAAGCGCUCAACCAAGCCCUGUCCGCCACGUGGCCGGCACAUACGCAGUCGCUAAAAAUAGGCACUAUCUACGAGAGCCUGCGCAAUCUGCCGAAGGAGAAUCAGUUUGAUUUGAUUGUGUCACCAGCGAACUCGUAUGGGAUCCUCGAUGGCGGGUUUGACGACGCCAUAUCGCGAACAUUCUGUCUUCCGAAACACCAUUACCGAGCCCUAACAGACGCGGCGCAGCGGAAACUGUAUGAGCAAUGGCGCGGAUUCGCGCCCCCAGGGUCAUGUACUCUGGUGAAAAUGCCAUCCGAGCUGCAGGAAACCAAUCGAUGGGGGUGUAGGCAUGUAGCUCUGUGCCCGACAAUGCGAGUUCCUAGUAUCGCGACAUGGAACCGGGAGGUGGUCUACGAGAGCGUGUGGAGUCUGAUGUGCGAAGUUGACCGAUGGAAUUACCCAACGGGUGGUGAUUCUCGAGCGGAAGACAGGAUUAGUACAAUCUUGACCACGCCUCUGGCCACUGGGACCGGCGGCGUUGACUCUGACACGUGGGCAUGCCAGUUUACGCUUGCACUGAAGCAUUUCUCUGACGCAUUGGAGAGGCCGCAGCGGUGGAGUAGUCUUGAAUGGACCGACUUAAACAAGGAGGUUAAAGAUGUCGAGGCAACCUGGGAGUAA